AUGUCGUUUGGGGGAGGAGGAUUUGGUAGUGGCUUCGGUCAACAAAACAAGCCGGCUGGAUUUGGAGGUUUUGGUGGUUCAACUGCCAAUAACACGGGCUCAGUUUUCGGUUCUGGUGCCACCAAUAAUACCGGCUUCGGUGCAAACAACAAUACUGGUGGUGGUGGUCUGUUUGGAAGUGGUGGAACACCUUCAAGCUUUGGUGGUAAUGCCGGUGGCAGUACUGGUUUCGGAGGAUUUGGAGCAAAACCUGCAACUACUGGAUUUGGAAGUACGCCUGCAACAACAGGUAACAAUAUGUUUGGAGGUUCUCCGGCACCAGGAACAACUAGUGCAUUCGGCGGUGGUGGAUUUGGAAGUAGUGCUGCUCCCACAUCAGGAUUUGCUGCUCCAACAUCAGGAUUUGGCGCUCCCAACGCUGGAGCUGGAUUAUUCGGAAACAAAUCUGGUGGCUUUGGAUCUACUACUGCUCCUGCCACGAACACACCUUCAGCUUUUGGGGGAGGAGGCACCGGAUUUGGCACUAACGCAGGAACUGGAUUUGGAGUUGCUGCUCCGAGCACCCAAUGCGAAGGCACCCAAUCCGUACCUUUCUCACCAUUCAUGGAAAAGGAGCCAAAUACCUCCAUGCAGAACUCAUAUCAAAGCAUUUCCUUUCAAACACCCUACAAAAAUUUUACACCCGAGGAGCUUCGAUUAGCUGACUACACCAAGGGCUUGAGAUACAAUCAAAACCAAGGUGGUGCAUUUGGCACGAACACAAAUUUUGGCGGAUUUGGUAGUUCCAAUCAAGCUCCGACAACAGGGUUUGGUUCUACCAACAACGCUGCAGCAGGUUCCACUAUGUUUGGCGGCGGAGCAGCCGGUACGGGUUUUGGUACAAGUCAGCCAGCUAGCACAGGAUUUGGUUCGAAUACAGCCACAACUGGUGGUGGACUCUUCGGGGCCGCCAAACCUGCGACUGGAGGACUUUUUGGUUCCCAGCCUCAAGCGCAAACAGGAGGCGGCAUGUUUGGAGCGACUGCCAAUCCAGCACCGGCUACCAGUGGAUUUGGCUCGACAGGUGGUGGUUUUGGUACGACCAACACUACCGGAGGAGGUCUCUUCGGAAAUAACAGCGCCGCAGCAGCAAAACCUGCUUUUAGCUUCGGUAACACGCAACCAGCAGCCCCGACCGGGGGCUUUGGGUCAACAGGAGGUGGUUUUGGAUCGACCAAUGCUAAUGCUGGGGGAGGUCUCUUUGGAAAUACUCAACAGCAGAGUACAACAGCUGGAUUUGGUGGCGCCGUUCAGCAACAGCCAGCUCCGACCAAUGCUUUCGGAGGUGGUUUUGGAUCAACCAACACUAAUACUGGCGGAGGUCUCUUCGGGAACACUCAACAAAAGCCACCUGCUACUAGUCUCUUCGGCCCGCAACCCGCUGCUCCAAACGUCGGAGGAUUAUUCGGCUCGCAACCAGUAGCUACGAACAAUAGUCCAUUUGGUGGCGCGAAUAACACCAACGCAGGAAGCAGCCUGUUUGGUGCCAAGCCAGCUGCCACCGAAGGUCUCUUCGGCCAGCCCGCGGCUCAACCUAAUACUGGCACAAGCAGCUUGUUUGGUGGUGGUUUCGGUGCUACAAAUCAAAAUAAUCCACCCCAGCAAACCGCUGGUCUCUUUGGUGCCAGUCUUGGAAAUAGCAACAACAACCAGCAGAAACCUGGCGCCUUAUUUGGCCAGCCUCAGCAAACACAGGGGUCGGGAUUGUUUGGAAACUCUGGAGCCCAGCAGCAGUCCAAUUUAUUUGGUUCAUCUGCACUUGGUCAGCAACAACAACAACCUGCUCAGCCUCAAAAUUCUUUCUUUGGAACAGGUUCGAUCUUCAACACAUCACAACAGGGAGGGGCACUUCAGUCAUUCAGCACUAGUCUCAAUGAUACUAAAGCCUUUGGCACUGGAUCUAUGUUUGCCGAUAACAAACCUCAGGAGCCUCUCAGGAACCCUGGACCUCUCGCAACCCCACUGUCAAGUGCUAAUAGACAGAAACAGGCAGCGGCACUUCCGUUGUACAAGCUGAAUGCAUCUGGCUCUACACGAUUCAAUACUCCCAAUAAAUCACUUCGUGGAGGCUUUGGUCUAUCCUAUACUCCCGGAAGUGUUUCGACUGCAGGAAGUACACCUUCGAUGUUCAGCAGCAGCUUACUCAAUGGCAACCGAGCAUUGAGCAAGAGUAUGUCCAGCAACAACCUUCACCGCAGUACCCGUGGUGAUGACAGCAUUUUGGCACCUGGUGCAUUUUCGUCAAGCACCAACUCAAAGUACGGAAGCAGUGGCAGUUUCAAGAAACUCAUCAUCAAUCGUAAUGUUCGUUCAGAUCUUUUCAAGAAUUCAACCGCUCCAGAGUCCCCUGUGGAAUUCUCCAGUAAGCCAAUCAUGAAGAAACAGGUUACUUUUGAGACACCGCCACCGCCACCGACGCCUAGCGGCAGAGUUAAUGGCAACGCUGACGGUAGCGUUAAUGGUACUGCCAAUGGUACUGUCAAUGGCAACGGAACAUCACCUGCUAGCCCAUUGCAACCGGUUAAAAACAAUUCCACGACCACCCCUGAAGUUACCUCACCUGAAAUGUCGGAAAUCGACGAGGAUAAGCAGCCCACUGCCGUUAAUGAGAUUAAAGCUAAGUCACCCAAAUUUCCUCGUGACACAUCUUUCGGCCAAUACUGGAUGACGCCUCGAAGGGAAGACAUUGAAAAAAUGAAUCGCAUUCAACGUCAAAAGGUGUCCCACUUUUCAGUCGGCCGUGAGGGUUUUGGCUUUAUCAAAUUUGACGCUCUAGUUAAUCUCGAUGGCAUCAGUCUUGAUGACAUCUUUCAUAAAAUUGUUAUUCUUGAAGCUAGAAGUGCGGAAGUCUAUCCAGAGCACGCACCUUUUCAGAAACCUCAAGUCGGUCAUGGAAUCAAUGUUCCAGCUACCAUCACCCUGUAUAAUUCAUGGCCUCGCAAUGCUUCCAAGAGAGCAAGCGAUGAAUGCUUGAAGAAACACGUCGAAAAGCUACAAUCCAUUCCCGAUACCGAACUCGUGAGGUACGGUGUUGAAGAUGGAACCUGGGUUUUUAGAGUUCCGCAUUUCACGGUGUAUGAGCUCAACUAUGACGAUGAAGAAGACGAUGACAUGGAAGAGGCAGCGGAAGUUGGUGGUGAUUUUGGAAAUAGUACUCUCACAGCUCCCCCGGACACACCAACUCCACGAACCCGUACACCAAAAGCAAAUCCGCAAUAUUUUGAUCAAUCCUCCUUUGCAUCUUCAAUGGACUUGACCCAAGCAGAGUCGGAUCCUGAGGACACAUUCGAAUUUAGAAAGAAAAAGGUCCUUCCAGGCGCUUUUGAUGACGAGGAAGUUUAUGAAGAGGAAGAAGUCAUGGAUAGUUCAUUUGUUCAGAACCAGGAGUCUUUUUUAGAUAAUCGCUCCGUGGGUUCACAGUCAGAAAGCGGCGUCGAGGAACCAAUUGACCAAGACGACGCCUAUGAGGACGAUGAAUCUGCCAGUAUCGUGGAUCAAGAGAUGGCGGGCUCUUAUCCAGAAACUGGCAAUACCGCGGAGCAAAUUGAGGACUCGCAAGAUGAAGACGAUACAAUGGAAUAUGGAACACCUGGUGCGAUUUUGAGAGCCAGAGCAAGAGCACAAAAGCUAGAUACCCCAUCCAAGCUCAGAUUGCCAGCGGCAAAUGACUGGGCGGCUACAUUGAGAGCAACUGCAAGCCCAAAGAAGCAGGAUCGUGCUGUUCUCAAAAGCCUCAUUGAUGUUCAUGGAAACGAAAAGCAGUCUGCCUUGGCACGAACUGAAAUUCCGACAACUAACAAGGAAUUCUCAAACACACACGGAUUUGCAUCGAUUAUGGAUGUGCAUAAUGACUUGUUUGGGAAGGUUGCAAGUCCUAUCAAGGUUUCUAAUUAUAAGAGGGGUGACAACUUCGAGAAACCUUUCAACAAAAAACCCAAGGUUGGUGAUGACGAAGCAGAAAUGCCGGAAGAGGAUCGCGCGUUCCACGACUCUGUCAAGCCAAGCUGGGGUCCCGAUGGCACCCUAGUAUACGCCGCGUCUUCCGAUUCCAAGCCUUUUACUAAAUCGCGUCGAGCUCGUGAGAAGGAUGGUCUACUCACAAUUCAAAAGAGUGGGAUCGCUGAGGCCAGUAAUAUUCGAUUCGCCAAGUUUUCUAAUGAGUCUUCAGCAGAUGCACUGAGAAGGCAUCAAUCUUUGACAGUCGUCGGAAAUUUUGAGGGUGUCCCUUACGCAGCGUUAUCAGAUUCAUUUUCUUUCCUGGACUUCUUCGACGAGCAAAAUGUUCGAGAUCCAUCGGCAAUCCAUGAAAAGCUCGUCUGGGAACUCGCCAGCAUUCUUUUCGACGCUAUUAACAUCCCACAAGAACUCGAGGACAUCGAGAAUGCGACUGAGCGGUUACGCAAAGACAAGUUGUCUGCAUUUUGGCAGAAGUUGGUCUCUCAGGCAUCAGCCCAGCAUGUUGCAAUGGCUAGAUCAAAUGAAGAAAAAGCAAUCGCCUCACUGUCCGGUCACAACAUUCCAGAGGCUUGCAGACAUCUUAUCAACGGCAAGAACUUCCAUUUGGCUACACUCGUUGCAAUGAUCGGUGGCAAGGAACAUCUCAAGAAGGAUAUUCGUGAGCAAUUGUCACAGUGGCGAAGCACAAAAGCCCUCUCUGAAUUUAGUCAGCCGAUUCGAGCUCUCUACGAACUUCUUGCUGGAAAUGUUUGUGUCUGCGAUGGCAACAAAGCACCCCAUAUGGAAGAUCGUAUCGAGUCCUUCAUUAUUUCUAAACGCUUCGGGCUUGAUUGGCGACAAGCGUUUGGUCUGAGACUGUGGUAUGCGAUCAAAGCCAAUGAAGAAUUUGACAGUGCAGUCAGAAUCUUUGAUAAUGACAUGGCCCAAGAUAAGGAGGUAUCCCGUCCUCAAGCCUGGUACGUCGAACAGAAGAUCCCCAAGCUAUGGCAAGAUUAUCAGCUCAAUGAGCGCGAGGAUCUUCUUUGGGGGCUGUUGAAGUUGUAUGCCUACGACACUGCAGAUCUCGAGGCAAUUCUACGACCUGAAAAUUCACAAUUAUCGCCUUUAGACAUGCGCCUUUCUUGGCAAUUGAGUCGAGCUUUGACUUCUUUUGGUUCCCUAGACUAUCACGAAGCUGCCGAGGAGAAGAAAGACCAGACUACCUUGGCCUUCGCUUCUCAGCUCAACAAUGAAGGAUACUGGCUCGAUUCAGUAUUCGUUCUACUUCACUUGUCGUCGACCAACGCUCGAGCGAAAUCUAUUCAGGAUCAUCUUGCUCGACAUGCCGGAAAGAUUGGAUCUGAAGAUAGCCUGAGCUUCAUCACCCUGGUACAAGACUACAAGAUUCCAUCAUCGUGGAUAUGGGAGGCAAAGGCGCUGUACACUCGAAGUGUCAGGAAUGAUCCACUCAGCGAGGUUGAAUGUCUGACUAAAGCCGGGUUGUUCGAAGAAGCUCACCGCACUUUUGCGAAGGAAGUUGCUCCCAAGGCAAUCAUCGAAUACGACUAUGCUACACUUCGCAGCAUCCUUGCGAGCUUUGAGGGCAAGGAAAAUGCUAUUUCGGAGUGGCAUCUUGGUGGUGAGAUCUAUCAGGAUUUCCUCACUUUACUUGAAUCUCAAAAGAAGAGCCAAGAACUUGAUCUUGCGGUGUUAGAGAGAUUGUUGGCUGGGUUACCGGCUGUCGUAGCGAAAUCGCGUCACCCCGCUUUUAUGGAGACGGUAGCAAUCGAGACGAUUAGUGGAGUAGUGGCGAGAGCAGUGGUGGAUAUAGAGAAGAAGGGCGAGGAUGUUGAUCUACCAAAGGUAUUGAGACUACCUCUCACAGAGGAUCGGUAUUUGAAACAUACCCUCGAUUUAAGUUUGGGAUACUACAGGAGUGUAAUGGCGGCUGGGAGAUGA